AUGUGGGGACAAUUCGAGUACACCCCUGUGUCGAAGCCCGGUGCCGUUGGGACGAGUAUGCCGGCCGCGCUAAAGGGCGAGCGCGACAAGGAUGGAAUGAUUUCCGACAACUACAAGGGCCGUCCACGCAACGCCGAUCCAUUCCACCCGCAUGCGCCGAAUCCCGACAGGGCCAAGACGGUCUCCGACUGGACGAAGGGCCAUAUGAAGGAGCGGCGUGAAGAGGCGAAGAGGGCCAAGGAAAAUAAA